GUUUUUUGACUUCCACAAUGACAACAGCGUCGAGCUCACUGAGCUUCACGUUUAGAGUUGUUUUUUUGGCCCCCAGCUUAUCACGGCAUCGUGACUCGUUGACCGACAGGUUCCACAACAUAUCUCGCGAGAAUAUAAUCUUGUUUAGGCCUACCAUUUUACGGGAAGUACCCCAGUUGCCGAAUGAAUCUAUCAAUGAUGAUUUACGAUGCAGUUACGGGAUGGUCUCCGUCUCUCAAGAUGACGGAAAUGGCUACUAGGUGCUGAGUUAAAAAUUUGAACGGGUGUAGUUUAGAUCAGAACGAUAUCUAUAGACAGCAGGAUACGGCUUUCGAGUUUAUACAACGUUGAGAAUAGGCUGCAAAAUAUUAUCUGAAUCUGGUCGGAACAUACUUCAUUGUUCAAGGCGGCUCUGAAAGGAAUUAUUUGGAGCGCCACCU